AUGGCCGGCGCGGGGACGGGAGCAAUUUUCGCUCGAGAGGGAAUGCACGCGGAGGGGAUUCCGGGGACGGAAUUGCGCGCGCAUGGGAGGAUGGUUGGCGCAGAAGGAUUGGGGGAAUUUCCGCCGGUUGCGGAAGCCCGCGCGGGGGGCGGGGGGGCCGCGGGGAGCGAGUGGUCCGCGGAGAAAUACCGCGACUUCGUGGAGAGUAUCGUGGAGGAGAGCGCGCGAAUGGCGGAGCAGCAGCGCGGGGAGGGCGGAAAUUUGGGGAGCGGGAAUUCGCAGCAACAUCAUCAAAGAACGCAACACAUGCAAGGUCAAAGCAGGCCGCGCAAACAACGGGCGGGAGGCGGAGGGGUAAUCAACGGAAGGAGCGCAACAGGGGGGGCGCAUGUUGCCGCUGCUCCGUCGGGCGCGAACGGCGAAACUGGUAACGGCGAUUCUUCGCAGGCUGCUGCGCUGGCUUCGGUGUUACAGUUUUUCGCGGACUCGUUGGCGCAACACGAGGGGGGCACGGCGGAGAUUCCGCCGUCUCCGUCAAGCAGCGCGCAGGCGAAAGCGCGCUCGCCGCGCGCCACGUCAGAUCCCGCGGGAUGCGCGGCUCCGCAGGACCGUGGAGGCGCAAGCGGCGGCGGAAAUUGCGCCGCGAACGGCGCUGGUGGUGCGGAAUGCGCGAGCGCGUUGAGCGCGGAUGCGACAGGCGGCGCGGCGGAUGCAGCGCGGGCAGCGGAGAAUUCGUUUGGCGGAAGUCCCCCUGCGCCCCAACCUCCCCCCUGCGCGCCCCCAUCAGUCCCGCCUCUGCUUUCCCUCUGCGGGAAUCACCUCAACUCCGUUCACAUACCUGCCCGAAAUACUGCCCCGAAUUCUGCCCCGGGCACAAAGAAAUUCGUGCUCGUGGGGGCUCCAAACCCCCCAGCCGCCCCUCCUGCUGCUGCUGCCGCUGCUGCUGCUACUUCACCUUUUUCUCCGGGGAACCCUAAUCCGACAACCGAAACACGGCCCCACGUUCCCCCUUCCCUUCUCGCUCCCCCUUCCCCGCUCGCUCCCCUUCCCCCACUUGCUUCCCCUCCCCCGCUUGCGGGAAAGCGGGUGAUGCCACGACACGGUGGGGCUACAAAAGGGGGUUGGAAGGAGGAUUUUAUAGUGAGUGGUUCGGAGCAUGGCUUGUGGCUGUCGAGCCUGACAGAUUUCCAAACCAAGAAGCUCGAGGAGUGGUUCGGCACGGACCUGAACCCGUCUCCGGAGCAGAGGGCGAGCGUCGGCAAGAGUCUCGGGCUGCUGCCACAGCAGAUCGCCUCCUGGUUGCAUCACCGUCGCCUGCAGCACACAGUGCAGCAGCAGCAGGCAGAGCUCGAGUCCCUCCGAUCGGCCUUCUCCCGCCUGCAAGCUUCAGCGAGUGGCAUGAGCGGGGAUUAUGAGCUUCUUCAGGCGGACUAUUUUGCUCUCUUGGACAAGAAGGAAGAGCUAACCAGCAAGCUUCUGCAGGCUGACUAUUUCGCUCUCUUGGACAAGAAGGAGGAACUCACAUGCAAGGUGAGAUACGGGGGGUGGUGUGGGAUGACAAGGAGUGUGGUGCGGUGGAGUGGCAUGAGCGGGUGUUAUGAGCUUCUGCAAGCUGACUAUUUCGCUCUCUUGGACAAGAAGGAAGAGCUAACCAGCAAGGUGAGAAGGUGUAAAGCGGGGGGUGCAGUGCGGUGGAGUGCGGACUAUGAGCUGCUUCAAGGGGAUUACCACACCCUCCUGGAUAAGGAGGAGGAGGAGCUAACCAGCAAGGUGAGGGGUGAUAAGGGGUCAAGGGAAGGGUGA